AUGGCAGACCAAAUUAAAGAAUUUGCAGAAAUGCCAAGACAGUUCGUAAAAGAAGGAACACAGUUUAUAAAUCGGUGUACUAAACCCGAUCGUAAAGAGUUUAUUAAAAUUUCACAAGCCGUUGCAAUGGGAUUCUUUGUUAUGGGAUUCAUUGGAUUUUUUGUGAAGCUAGUUCAUAUUCCAAUCAAUAAUAUCCUUGUUGGUGGAGCGUAA